AUGGGCACUAAGCUGAUCUCAAACGGUAUCGAUGUGAGUAAUGUCAACUUGGUGGUGUUUUCCGGAUACAGCCCGCAGGACAUAGAGUUCAUCCAGGGCCUGGGUCGUAUCAGAGGGCAAGGUCUCUGUGUUGUGUUAAAUCACAACCAGUUCUGCGGUGCCAAUAUCAUGGGUAGGUUCUACGGAUUCAAGGACAAAGACCAUUUUUGGUGUUGCGGCAGGCCUGAAGACGAGGAGCUGCUAGCUAUGUUUGACAGCGUCAUUGGCGACGAGGAUAAUCGGAGUAAGGUUCAUGAGGACUCUGCAAUUCUGAACUCUUCAUUCCGUGUUGAAGAUCUAGGGCUGGAUCUGAAUUUCGCUUUGUUCGAAGUUACCAGCACGCCAUGCAAGAAUGGAGGAGGUGAGAAGCGGAGUCUUGAUGAAGAUAUCGAUCUGGAAAACUUGUCAGAGAUGUAUCAUGAGAUGUUUUCUGAGUACCCCGAACUGAAUACAUGCGAGAAGGAAGGUCUCACAUCUCCAAUAGGUUAUCUAGUUUUAAUACACCUUCUACUCGUGCAAAUCAUAAAAUUUAGCCGACCCUGCUUAAAUGAAGCAGCUAGUUGUUUAGCUGGCAGAUUAAUCCAAUCCUCUAAUAUAUUCGUUUUCUUGGCUCCUACAUUAGUAGCUGAUGACUGCAUGGAUGUUUUCGGCUUUGGUGUUUACAAAUACAUCUACAUACUAAAGUGA